GUUCGUUUCCUCGAAGCACUCGCUCGUUAAAAUUUGGUGUUCUCUGUCUUUACACUUUUCCUCCUGUUUCCUCCGCACUAAAGAAUUCGACCAUGUUCCGUCGUCUUGCCCUUACUUGCGCCGCUUUGCUCGGUAUCGUGUCUGCACAGUUGACCGUCACGUCUCCUGGUACCAAUGACUGGUGGGUCGCGUCAUCGGCGAACACACUCUCGUGGACGUGUUCGACUUCUCCAUACCAGAACUUCACCAUUCUUCUCACCAACUCGAACCCUUCAGUCCUCAGUGCACCCCUUGCCAUCAUUGCCGUUCAACAAAACUAUGACUGUUCCGAAACCAUCACCCAGCAGCAAUCCGCCCAGCCCGCUGGCACCGGCUACAUUGUUCAGUUUGCCAGCACUCUGAACAUCACUGAUAUCUACGCUCAGAGCGAGCCUUUCGAGAUCAAGGCUCUUGGUUCGUCUUAUCCCACUACCACCAGCAGCGCAGGUAGUUCCGCUACUGGGACCUCUUCCACCACUGCUGGGGCUGCACAAGCUAGUAAAACCGGUGGUACUCUCGCGGGAUAUGUUCCUGUGGGCAUGAGCAUGGUCGCCGCUCUUGCUCUUGGCUUGGUCGUCGCUUGAUGUCAUUUCCGGACUUGGACUCCAAAACAGAUAUCCCUUUGUUUAUUAUCUUUUUCUUCUUCAGGACCUCCACUUCAUGGAACGUAUAACCCCCUUUGGAAUGUCAGUUUUUUUACAACUUUAUGGCCUAAUGUGCAGUGUGACGAUUUUGGACGUCGUGGUUUCACGCACUGUUGUUUUGCUACUACUUGCAUGACGUUAUGAACUUGAUUCAGGUCGUAUGGCCUGUUUGUGUAAUUGUUGAGUUCAUGGUUCAGCGCUAGCAUGUACCGUAGCUUGAAGCUUCAAGAUGUGGCAAAUUGGUCAUAGCAUGUUAUGAGACUUAUGACCGAGUUAGGACCACUGGUCUGAUUAUCGACCGCU